AUGAAGGUGGAAGAACUUAUCUUGGAUGGAUUCAAGUCAUAUGCCACCCGUACGGUGAUUUCAGGGUGGGACCCACAAUUUAAUGCCAUCACGGGGUUGAAUGGGUCUGGUAAAUCGAAUAUUUUGGAUGCCAUUUGUUUUGUUCUUGGUAUUGCAUCGAUGGCAACUGUAAGAGCUUCAAAUCUUCAAGAUUUAAUUUAUAAAAGAGGUCAAGCCGGGGUGACCAAGGCAUCUGUUACUAUUGUCUUUGAUAAUAGUGAAGUAUCUAAAUCACCAAUUGGAUUUGAAAAUUUCCCCAAAAUUAGUGUGACUAGACAAAUCAUUCUCGGAGGAAGUUCUAAAUACUUGAUUAAUGGACAUAAGGCUCAACAACAAACAGUUUUAAACUUAUUUCAAUCGGUACAAUUGAACAUCAAUAAUCCUAAUUUCUUGAUCAUGCAGGGGAAAAUCACUAAAGUUUUAAAUAUGAAACCUUCAGAAAUCUUAUCACUUAUAGAAGAAGCUGCAGGUACAAGAACAUUUGAAGAUAGAAAGGAAAAGGCACAAAGAACAAUGGCGAAAAAGGAGGCUAAAUUGGUUGAAAUCCGUAAUCUUCUUCAAGAAGAAAUCGAGCCAAAAUUGGAUAAACUUCGGAAUGAAAAGAGAACCUUUUUAGAAUUUCAACAAACUCAAACUGAUUUAGAAAAAUUAUCAAGAGUUAUAGCUGCACAUGAUUAUGUAUUAUAUUCCAAGAAAUUCGAUGAACAUUCAUCCAAAUUGAAUGAAAGAGAAGCAAUCAUGACUGACCUUAAUACCAAAGUAGAUCGAUUAAACAUUGAAAUUGAGAAUUUAUCAACAGACUUAGAACGUGUUAAGAAACAACGUGAACUGGAAUUAACUAAAGAUGGUAAAUUAAAAGAGUUGGAACUCUCUGAAAACAAAUUAACAGAUGAAUUUGUACGACUUAACGCAUCUAAAGAUAUCACAAAGGAUAAUUUAAAGGAUGAAACAAAAAGAUUAAAGAAAUUAGAUCAACAAAUAGGACAACUUGAAGUAUCAUUGAGCAAUAACGUUGAUGUGUAUAAUAGUUAUGAGAAGCAAUAUACUUCAGCUAAGGAUGAAUUAUCCAAAUUAAAGGAUGUUCAUUCUCAAAAGGAAGAAUUAUUAUCCACAUUAUCUACUGGGGUAUCUGCCAAGGGUAAUACUGAUGGAGGUUAUGUUGCACAGAUGAAAGAAGUCAAACAGAGACUUACUGAAUCUUCAGUUCUUAUUGAAAAACAUAGAAUGAACAUAACCCAUCUUCAACAACAACUUAAAUCAGAUAAACCCAAACUUGCUCAAGCCCAAGCUGAUAAUAAACAAGUAUUAGCUAGUAUGGAGAAUUACACCAAGGAACUCAAAUCGAAGGAACAACGUUUAGCAUCAUUUGGAUUUGAUCCUCAAGCAGUGGCACAAUUAAGAAUCCGAGAAAAGGAGUUACAACAGAGAAUCUAUCAAUCAAACGGUGAUCUUGACCGUCUUGGAAGAGAAAUUGGUAAUAUUGAUUUCAAUUAUACUGCUCCAUAUGCAAAUUUCGAUAAAAGAUCUGUCAAGGGGGUUGCAGCUCAAUUAUUUUCAUUAGAUGAAUCACAACAUGAUAAAUCAUUGGCAUUGCAAGUUUGUGCUGGUGGGAGACUUUAUAAUGUUAUUGUUGAUACUUCGGAAACUGCAUCUCAAUUAUUAGAACGAGGGAAAUUACGUAAAAGAGUUACAAUUAUUCCAUUAGAUAAGAUUUCAUCUAGGGUUAUGAAUGAAAGAGCAGUUCAAUUAGCCAAAGAAUUGAGACCAGGAAAAGUUGAUUUGGCAUUAAAUUUAAUUGGAUAUGAACAUGAAUUAACUAAAGCUAUGGAAUAUAUUUUUGGCAAUACAUUAAUUUGUCAAGAUCCAGAAACUGCCAAAACGGUAACGUUUAAUCCACAGAUUAGAGCUAAGUCAGUUACAGUGGAAGGUGAUAUCUAUGACCCCGAGGGAAAUUUAUCAGGAGGUUCUAGAAAGACAAGUUCAUCCAUUCUUAUUACUAUUCAAAAAUACAAUACCCUUCAAGGAAAAAUUCAACAAAUGCAACAAGAACUUGAAGAUGUAAGAUCUAAUUUGAAAAAGACAGAUGACGUUAGUGAAAAGACAAGAUCACUUCAAAAUGAUAUUAAUUUAUGUAAACAUGAAUUAAGUUUAUUACAAAGGAAACUUGAAAGUAGUACCGCUGCAGAAAUCUUGAGGAAAAGUGAAGAAAAUACCCAAGAAAUUGAAAGGUUGAAUCAAGAAAUAUCAGAAACUGAAGUUAACGUAAAGAGAUUUAACCAGGAAAUCGAAUCUAUUGAAAGAGAUAUGAAUGAAUUUUCUAGUGAUAAAGGAUCAAAAUUAAAGAAAUUAGAAAAAGAAGUUCAACAAUUAUAUUCUCAAUUAUCUAAAAAGGAAGAAGAUAUCAAUGAAAAAUUUGAUAAAUAUCAAUCAGCACAAAUGGAAUCAGAACAACAACAAACAGAAUUGAAAAGUAUUCAAGAGGAAAGAUCAAAUGUAUUAAAUAACAUAGAGGAACUCCAAAGAGAAUCUGAAUUGAUGAAUGUUAAGUUGGAAAAGAUUUCAGAAGAAUUAGAGUUAGUCAAGGCACAACUCGAAGAUGAAAAGGCUACUUUACUUGGACUUAGUGAAGAAAUCAAUGAAUUAACAUCCAUACUCCAUUCUAAGACUUCCAAUCUCAAUGAAAAUAAAUUAUCAAUUCAAAAAUUAAAUCAUGAAAUUGAGAAAUCUUCAUCAAUAUCACACAAUUUAAAGAAACAUGUCGAUGAAUUGAUUGAGAAUCAUGAAUGGAUUUUGGAUACAAAUGUAUUGGAAAACAUCAUUCAACAAUAUCCAAACAUUAAUUUAGAAGAAUGUCAUGAACAAGUUGCGAUUUUAGAAGAAAGAUUCCAAGGAAUGAGAAGGAAAGUGAACACAAAUAUCAUGAAUAUGAUUGAUAAUGUAGAAAAGAAGGAAUCAUCACUUAAGCAAAUGAUUCGUACCAUUGAAAAGGAUAAGUCCAAAAUUGAAAAUACCGUGGAAAAACUUAAUGGAUACAAGAGAAGUACUCUUGAAGUUACCUAUAAGAAGGUUUCGGUUGAUUUCGGUAACAUAUUUGCUGACCUUCUUCCUGGAUCAUUUGCCAAAUUAGUACCCGUAGAUAUGGAAGAUGUCACUAAGGGAUUGGAAGUCAAGGUCAAGCUUGGUCCCGUAUGGAAGGAAAGUUUGGUUGAACUUUCUGGGGGUCAACGUUCGUUAAUUGCAUUAUCAUUAAUCAUGGCACUUUUACAAUUCAAACCUGCACCAAUGUAUAUUUUAGAUGAAGUUGAUGCUGCCUUAGAUUUAUCUCAUACUCAAAAUAUUGGUCAUUUGAUUAAAACAAGAUUUAAAGGUUCUCAAUUUAUUGUUGUUUCAUUGAAAGAGGGGAUGUUUACUAACGCCAAUAGAGUGUUCCGUACUAGGUUCCAAGAUGGUACAUCUGUUGUAUCAGUUAUGUAG